UGCUGCUCCACGGCCGAUAAGCUCAUGGCAAUCGCCUCUAGCUGCCGAUACAGACCAGUGCCAUUAAUAUUACGGUUUACGGAGUAUUCAUUAGAGGAUGAAAAGGAGUGGGCAGAGUGGCCGACCAGAGCGCAAUCCCCUGUCCUGAUUUUACUUAAUCGUUUUCUUCUCUUUCCUCCAACUAGGCCAGCCUUUUCGAACCCCGCCUUCGCCCUCGUGAAUCGCCGUCUCGCUGAGUGGCGCCGUGGCUUGACCUCCCUCCCUCUUUGUCCCUUCGCAUUCGACCUCACCUACUGUUCUGGCGAGUCCCGCCAUGGGACUUUGGGACAAUCACGAUGCAGCAACGUCGAGAUGAGAUUCUUGCCAAAAAGGCGAAGCUCGCAGAGCUUAAGCGCCAGAGGGAGCUUCGGGCUACCAGCCAGACGCCGUACAAUCGCACUGGCAUGAGCUCGCCCAGCGAGCUAGUAUCACCGACACCACGAGGAGACAGCCGCCGCGAGAUCGAAACCCUCAUUGACAGCUUGGUCGGUAGCAGCAGACCCAGCUCGAUUGGGACGGGACCCCCUGGAUCGCCCGCGCAUCGUGGAAGCAGGCCGAAUAGUGUGCUCAGUGGUGGUGAAAUCAGCAAUGUGACUUCUGAAUGGACAGCUUCCUUGACUGGACAAGGCGGACAAGCUACACCAGGCCCUACACCUGUGACACUGAGCCUUACGACAGUUCCCCUGACAACCGUUUACGAAUGUCCACCGAGCCCUGUCAAGGAGGUCUUUUCUUACAGCAAAGGUGUACAAACUACGGAUGAAUGGGCCACCCCUACUAGGACAAGGGCCCAAUCGAUGGCGUCCGAUGCAGAUGACUUCAUGGGUCCGACUUCAACGCCGAACAAGAGGCUAAGCAGGAAGGAGCGUGACCGAGAGGAGGAACUGCGCCAAAAGAUUAGAUUCGAGGUGGAGGAAGAGCUGCGAGCAACCAAAGAGCUUUUGGCCGAGGGUGGUACCGCGGCACAAAACUUUUCCUCAACCAACUAUCCUAUUAGAGAACUUACUGCCGAAGAACUGGAAGCCGUCACUCACUCAGACGAAUUUGUAGAUUUCCUAGAGCAGUCGACAAAGGUCAUCGAGAGAGCCCUGGACCAAGAGACCUAUGAUAUCCUUACCGACUAUGCCCUACACGGCAAGGACCUCGAAGACAAAGAUGAAGAAAGCGGUAACACGGGAGGAAAGGGAGGACAUAGAGUCAAGGAGGUGGUGCAAUUCUUCGAUGAUCGUUGGUCUAAAAAGCGAAUGAUUAGCGGGAUAGAUUUCUCACCCAAGUUCAAUGAACUUGUACUCGCAUCCUACACCAAGAAUCCGACAGCACCCCACGAACCGGAUGGGCUCGUCCAGGUCUGGAACAUUCACAUGCACAAUCGGCCAGAAUAUGUCUUUACUGCUCAGUCCGACAUCCUCACCGCAAAAUUCUCACCCUACCACCCCAAUCUCAUCAUUGGCGGCUCGUACAGCGGCCAAGUCUUGCUAUGGGAUACCCGAGCAAAAUCUGCACCGGUUCAGAAGACGCCAUUGACGGGCUACGGCCAUGCCCAUCCUAUCUACUCGGUGGACAUUGUGGGCACGCAAAACGCCAAUAAUAUCAUAUCAUGUUCUACGGAUGGCGUCGUCUGCGGCUGGAGCAUGGAUGUGUUUGCGCAGCCCCAAGAGCUGCUCGAGUUGAAGAACCCCAGCCAGGCCAAGGUGGCGGUUGAGGACGUCAGCCCUACAUCCCUAUCAUUCCCUCAGACGGACCCGACAUUCUUCCUCGUUGGAAGCGAAGAGGGAACAAUAUUCCCCUGCCACAGAUAUGACCGUGCUGGUGCCAAGGCUGGUGUCGACAAGAAGAUUAGCUACAAGGGGCAUGCGGCACCUGUCAUGUCGGUUGACUUCCACCCAGCCAGGGGCCCUGUGGAUCUUGGUGACCUGGCCAUUUCAUCCUCCCUUGACUGGAGCGUCAAGCUCUGGAAGAUUCGUGCUCCCGCGGCCACAUCGACGAUUGGUGCUGGAGAUGGUGCUAUUUCGCCAUUGAUCGAUUUUGUCCGCGAGGACGUCGUCUACGAUGCAAGAUGGUCACCUGUGAAGCCCAGCGUCUUUGCCCUCGUAGACGGCGCUGGCUGGCUGGAAUUCUGGGACAUUGCGAUAGACACGGAGGAGCCAGUGUCGAGAAUAACGCCGAGCAGCCGACAGGAUGGAAGGACAAUGCUAUCCAGGAGCUUGAACAAGCUGGCUUGGGAGCCCAACGAUGGCAAACGCAUCGCAACCGGUGGCAUCGACGGUUCUCUUACCGUCUUCGAAGUGGCUAGUGGCUUGGGCGGCAAGGAAGGACUCAAGAAUGAGGAAUGGGCAAAUGUGAAGAAGCUUGUCAACCGAGUGGAAGCCGUGGGCAUGAAUGGGGCGAUGAUGGUUUAGCAUUUUUUUCCUUUCUUUUUGUUUACUGGCACGCAUGGCACCUUAAUUUUUCUUGGAAUCCUGACCUGUGCAAUGAUUGAUGAAGGUGAGCUUAUAUAUGUAUACCCCUAGACAAGUGUGAGGUAGAAAAAAUUGGUAAUGGCAACGGACUAUCGUUUUACAUGUCUAUGUCUAUACAGUAUUUGUUGUACGCCUUUUCUGCUAUUUCUUCUACCUUUAUUAGAGCUGGACAGGGGUUGUGAUGGAGGCGUACCUUGUACUCCGUGGUGGUCGGGUAAGCUCAGGUGCCCGCAUUCUUAGCGUCACGUGAAUCUCCAUAGAGAUGAAGAUUAUUUUUGCCGAGGCGAUUCUUGCU